CUAGCAGUCUCAGAGCCACGCGGCGCAGCCUGGGAGGUGUUUUCUUCGCUCUUUGGCGCCACUUUCCACAUCCUCGGGCCUCUGCCUAUUUGCAUUUGGGAAUCUGAUUUCCUCUUCAGGACCGGCGACCCUCAGUCCACUCCUCCCAGGGCUCCAGUACCCAGGGUUCGAGAGCCAGGCGCCCUAGCCCUGGGAACCCGCAUCCUGGUUUCCCGGAGCCAGGCAUCCCGGAUCUACGCCACCUGGGUUGAACUUCUUGAAGACCUCGGCCACUUGGGCGCCCUAAAGCCUUCCCGGAGUCAAAGAAUCCCACGUCCUAGUGUGAAGAACUGCCUCCCCCACCCCAAAAGAAGAAAAACCAACUCAGGCUCUCUCAACUCUGUUUUUGGGGGUCCUUCACCACUGGGAAAAGUAAAGGGGUCUCGGCGCACAGUCCAGGGAGCUUAGGACACUCCACCCUCCGAGAGCCUGUGGACACACCACUUCAAGGACUCCUGCAAAGUUCCAGCCUCGACUCUCCGUCCCAAGAACAUUGCACCCAGUCUCUAGGCGCACAAGGGACCCCCAAUUUCGGCUCAGCAUGGCAGUGGAUCCCCCUAAGGCCGACCCCAAAGGGGUGGUGGCGGUGGAUCCCACCGCGAACGGUGGCCCGGCGUUGGGCUCCAGAGAGGACCAAGGCGGGAAAGCAGGUGGCUGCUGCGGUUCCUGGGACCAGGUGCGCCGCUGUCUUCGCGCCAACCUGCUGGUGUUGCUCACGGUGGCGGCGGUGGUGGCCGGCGUGGUGAUUGGGCUGGGGGUCUCGGCGGCGGGCGGUGCUGAAGCGCUCGGCCCCGCGCGCUUGGCCGCCUUCGCCUUCCCGGGAGAGCUGCUGCUGCGUCUGCUGAAGAUGAUCAUCCUGCCGCUUGUGGUGUGCAGCCUGAUCGGGGGUGCAGCCAGCCUGGACCCUAGCGCCCUCGGCCGUGUAGGCGCCUGGGCGCUGCUCUUUUUCCUGGUUACCACACUGCUCGCGUCCGCGCUCGGCGUGGGCUUGGCUUUGGCGCUGAAGCCGGGCGCCGCCUUUACCGCUAUCAACGGCUCGGUGGGAGACUCCUGUGACCACAAUGUACCCACCAAGGAGGUGCUGGAUUCCUUCCUGGAUCUCGCGAGGAAUGUUUUCCCCUCCAAUCUGGUGUCUGCUGCAUUCCGCUCUUACGCUACCUCGUAUGCACCCAAAGACGCCAACACCUGUGCAGUACAGCCACCUGCCUGUACACAAAGAGAGAUCAACGGAACCAUGGUCCAGCUGGGGUGUGAGGUAGAGGGCAUGAACAUCCUGGGCCUGGUGGUGUUCGCCAUCGUCUUCGGUGUGGCCCUGAGGAAGCUGGGGCCUGACGGAGAACUGCUCAUUCGUUUCUUCAACUCCUUCAACGACGCCACCAUGGUCCUGGUCUCCUGGAUUAUGUGGUACGCCCCUGUGGGCAUCUUGUUCCUGGUGGCCAGCAAGAUUGUGGAGAUGAAAGACGUCAGCCAGCUCUUCAUCAGCCUCGGCAAAUACAUCCUGUGCUGCCUGCUGGGCCAUGCCAUCCACGGGCUCCUGGUUCUGCCCCUCAUCUAUUUCGUCUUCACCCGCAAAAACCCCUAUCGAUUCCUGUGGGGUAUCAUGACGCCGCUGGCCACAGCCUUUGGGACCUCUUCUAGCUCUGCCACAUUGCCCCUGAUGAUGAAGUACGUGGAGGAGAAGAACGGCGUGGCCAAACACAUCAGCCGCUUCAUCCUGCCCAUCGGCGCCACGGUCAACAUGGACGGGGCGGCGCUGUUCCAGUGUGUGGCCGCGGUGUUCAUUGCGCAGCUAAACGGGGUGUCCCUGGACUUCGUGAAGAUCAUCACCAUCCUGGUCACAGCUACUGCGUCCAGUGUGGGGGCCGCAGGCAUCCCAGCAGGGGGCGUCCUCACGCUUGCCAUCAUCUUGGAAGCCGUCAGCCUCCCUGUCAAGGACAUCUCCUUGAUCUUGGCCGUGGACUGGCUAGUGGACAGGUCCUGUACCAUCCUCAAUGUGGAAGGUGAUGCGUUUGGGGCAGGACUGCUUCAGAGUUACGUGGACCGUACCAAGAUGCCGCCAAGCUCAGAGCCUGAACUGAUCCAUGUGAAGAACGACCUGCCUCUGAAUCCACUGCCCCUCACCACAGAGGAGGGGAACCCCCUUCUCAAACAGUACCGGGGACCCGCCGGGGAUGCCGCCACAUGUGAAAAGGAAUCUGUUAUGUGAAUAUCGGGAGGGACUUUCUGUGCCCUGAUGGCAUCACAUUGGAAGUGGGGAUCAUGAGGGCUGGAGAGAUGGACUGGUGUGGACUCCAGGGGUGGGCUGUUCACACAGUCCGGGAAGCUAGGGGUCCCUAUCUCCUUCCUGGAAAGGAUAUUGGGGGCCUCAUCGCUGGGGUAAUGUGCUUAUAUAUGAAUGUGUCCACAAAUCUCCCCCCAUCUUGGCUCCCACUCAAGGAGAUGACGUUCUCUGUCACCCAGAGCCAGCCAACCGAUCCAUCUACCAUGUAGAGUUCUCUAUCCUUUGAAGGCAAAAGUAUUGUGAUGUGAUGCUGUCUUAAUGGCGGUAGCUGUGGUGUGUGUGUGUGUGUGUGUGUGUGUGUGUGUGUGUGUGUGUGUGUACACAUGUGGGUGUGUGACUUUCCCGGUAGUCCCUCCAUGACGAUAAACACUCCCCCACAAGUCGCAGGGAAAGCCAAGGAUAAAUAUUGUCACUCCGGAGCACAUUUUUAACAAUAAAAUGGUGUCAAUGCAUGGGA